AACCAAGCCGACCACUGCGCCGUUGACUGGGCGGCGCUGACUCUGUUGACCAUUCCACUGGUUUGAGCUAUGGAUGGCCAACUGCGCUUGCCCGGCUUGCCCUUGGCCGGUGGUGGUGCCAGUGCCAGUUCCUCUUCGAAGGAGCCGCCGCCUGACGAGCCAGAUGCCAGCAUCGAUGAUUUGUUAAAGCUCAUCGAAGAUGGCCCUGGCGCCAGGGACCAAGAUGUGGAUGAACUUCUGCAAUCCUUGCAGCCCAAGGAAGGUAGCCCCUUCUUGCAUCCCACACCUGCACCUGGAACUCCUGGCAGCAUGAAGAGUUUAGUCUUGGAUGAUCUUGAGGAAGCUCCACAGGAGUUGGACAUUCCGCCCGACUUGCCCGACCCGCAGCAUCAACUGCCGGCAGAGGUGGUCCCGGUGCCCUUCAUUAUGGUGGCCAAGUUUCAUCUCCGUUGUGAGUUAGAUCUGAAAGAGGUGGCCUUCUCCAUUCGCCACGCGGAGUACAACCCCCGGAAGCACACGAGCAUCACCGUACGACUCUUCAACCCUCGCGUCACUGCGCUGGUUCCAGGAUGCUUGGUACGUUUCUGGCAGAGGGGGCACGUUCGGAGGCCUCAGUUCUGGUUCGGGGUCUCUCAGCGUUACUUGAAGAUCAUACAGAAGGUUGAGUUGUUUUGUGACUCUCUGAGGGUGGCAUUUUGCGUGACUCUUCUUUGUACAGUAAUCACCAGCAUUUUCAACGCUAUCACCACCGGGUUUCUUGCAGGGUUAGAGCCCCUUUGUAGCACCGUCAUCUUCCCCUGGAGGGCCUCAAGAGGCGAUGUGUGUUGGCAUUCGAAGGCUGACCUGCGCCUGCGCCUGUUCUUUUUUGGGGGGUUUGGUUACCUGAACCCCCAAAAUGGCGGUCUUCAAAACACCAUGUAUGUCCUCUCCCUCCUCUCGUUCCUUUUGCCGCUUUAGCCCUUCGAUCUACCUGAGGUCUUCGAAUGCCAAAGUGUCGGAAGACGGGCUCAAGAGGUGACGAGGUCAUCGAGCCGAGCUCAGCAGGUCCGCCAAGAAAGUGGCACGGCUGGUGCAGAGGGCGGGUCAUCCUCAAGCCAAGCCACACCCGCCACGCUUCCUUUUGGCGGUGUCGGGAGAACAGCCACAUGGCCCCGAGUUGGAGAUUGGCGCGGUCUCCAGUUUACCCUGAACAGUUGGUAGAUGAAAACAUGUAUUUGAAAACCGGUUUUGUUUGUGGUUUUGAGUCUUUCUGGUGGGUCAUUUUGAGAGGCCGUGAGAGGUAAUCUGUUGGAUACCCAAGAACUGUCGGAUUUGUGGUCUUCAUAUGGUAAACACGAUACACCGAUACCGUACCCUACAAGUCCAAAGACCCUGCAAAACACGAUCCUUUCCUUUAGUGAACAAUGUUUUUGUUUGACCAGGUCCAGUAAAAUGAGAUCCUUGGCCUGUAGCGACGGACCAUUCCUUUUGUUGGGAGGUACAUGAUAUGGAAGCGAUAUAUAUACUUGAUUUGAGGGAGGAAGUGGUGAGGAACACUGAUUCAACAAGCUGCAAGCUGGUGGAUUUGGGUCUUGGAAAUCCUGGGAGGAACGAAUCCGCUGUCCUCUUGUGUUUUGAGAGAGCCUUUGAAACAGUCCCAGGCCAUCCAUGUACG